UCCUAGUCUUCCGUGCCUAAACUAGUAUGCCGAGCGCGUGGCGGCACGAGCGGCGGUGAAACCCAUUUUCGAAGAUCGACUGAGUUAGACACGACCAGUAGCUAGGCCUACUAGCUGACUGACUGCCUUCUCGCUUGGGAUUUUUCUGGGCUGUGGUUUCGAUCAGAAGAGUUAUUUCGUCUCCGUUUCAGUCCUUAACGGGAGACUCACCGGACUUCUUUUCUAACCCACAAGCAAGUAGCGUUAUAAUAAACGUUUUGAUUCCCGAGUGAACUGAAAAUGGCUAAUCCCGACAUGUACAACGAAUCCUUCAAUGAGAGAUACAUGGAUCAAGAAGAAGAGUGGGAGCGUGAGGGGCUCCUCGAUCCUGCUUGGGAAAAACAGCAGCGGAAGACUUUCACAGCAUGGUGCAAUUCACACUUACGGAAGGCUGGGACUCAGAUUGAAAAUAUCGAGGAAGAUUUUCGAAAUGGGCUGAAGCUUAUGUUAUUGUUGGAAGUAAUAUCGGGGGAGACUCUCCCCAGACCAGACCGAGGCAAAAUGCGUUUCCACAAAAUUGCUAACGUGAACAAGGGCUUGGAAUUCAUUGAGAGGAAAGGUGUAAAGCUUGUUUCUAUAGGAGCUGAGGAAAUUGUGGAUGGAAAUGUGAAGAUGACUCUAGGUCUUAUUUGGACCAUUAUUCUUCGGUUUGCCAUUCAAGAUAUUUCUGUGGAAGAGAUGACUGCUAAAGAAGGUUUACUUCUCUGGUGUCAGCGAAAAACUGCUCCAUACAAAAAUGUUAACGUCCAAAAUUUCCACCUCAGCUGGAAGGAUGGGUUAGCCUUCUGUGCUCUAAUUCACCGUCACCGACCAGAUCUACUAGACUACGGAAAGUUAUCCAAGGAUAACCCUAUUGAGAACCUGAACUUGGCAUUUGAUAUUGCUGAGAAAUAUCUGAACAUCCCAAGAAUGUUGGAUGCUGAAGAUAUGGUGAAUACACCUAAACCUGAUGAAAGGGCUGUGAUGACGUAUGUCUCCUGCUACUACCAUGCUUUCCAAGGGGCUCAACAGGCUGAAACAGCUGCAAACCGCAUCUGUAAAGUACUGAAAGUCAACCAAGAAAAUGAGCGUCUCAUGGAAGAGUAUGAACGUCUUGCUAGUGAUCUUCUCGAAUGGAUUCGACGAACCACCCCCUGGUUGGAAAACAAAACCACAGACAACACGCUGAAUGGAGUACUGAAAAAAUUGAAUGAAUUCCGCACCUACAGAAGGUCACACAAACCCCCUCGUGUAGAGCAGAAGGCUAAGUUAGAAACCAGUUUUAACACACUUCAAACUAAGCUUCGACUCAGUAACCGCCCAGCUUACUUGCCAUCAGAAGGAAAGAUGGUCUCGGACAUUGCCAAUGCAUGGAAGGGACUGGAGACUGCUGAAAAAGGCUUUGAAGAAUGGCUGCUUUCUGAAAUGAUGAGGCUAGAGCGUCUGGACCACCUUGCCCAGAAGUUCAAACACAAGGCUGAUAUCCAUGAAGAUUGGACAAAAGGAAAAGAGGAAAUGCUGCAAAGCCAAGACUUUAGAAAGUGCAAACUCUAUGAACUUAAAGCCCUCAAGAAAAAGCACGAAGCAUUCGAAAGUGAUUUGGCUGCUCACCAAGAUCGUGUGGAACAGAUAGCUGCUAUUGCUCAAGAACUUAAUGCUCUGAACUACCAUGACGUAGCUAACAUCAACUCUCGCUGCCAGAGAAUAUGUGAUCAGUGGGAUCGACUUGGAACCCUCACCCAGAAACGUCGCACUGCACUCGAGGAAGCUGAGCGUGUGUUGGAGAAAAUUGACCAGCUCCAUCUCGAGUUUGCUAAACGAGCAGCACCCUUUAACAACUGGCUGGACGGAGCACGUGAAGACCUGGUGGACAUGUUUAUUGUCCAUACUAUGGAUGAAAUUCAGGCUUUAAUCGACGCUCACGAACAGUUUAAACAGACACUUGGUGAAGCUGACAAGGAACACAAGGCUAUCAUUGCCUUGUCUCAGGAGGUGCAAACCAUUGCUACACAAUAUCAAAUCCCAGGUGGCAUUGAGAACCCAUACACAACUAUUACUUCAACUACGAUUACCAACAAAUGGGGAGAAGUUAAACAGCUGGUUCCUAAACGAGACCAAAUACUCCAGACAGAGAUGAUGCGUCAACAAUCUAAUGAGCGUUUGCGACGUAAGUUCGCUGAGAAGGCUAAUGUUGUUGGACCUUGGAUAGAACACCAGAUUGAUGCUGUUUUAGCAGCUGGAAUGGGUAUGCAAGGUACACUAGAAGAUCAGUUGAACAAAUUGAAACAGAUGGAACAGACUGUAGUACAAUACCGUUCACACAUCGAUGAACUCGAGAAGUUCAACCAGGAGGUGCAAGAAGCCAUGAUUUAUGAAAAUCGCUACACUCAGUACAGUAUGGAGACGUUAAGAGUAGGCUGGGAACAACUGUUGACAUCCAUUCAUCGUACAACAAAUGAAAUUGAGAACCAGAUCCUUACCAGAGAUUCUAAAGGAAUCACACAAGAACAGCUGAAUGACUGUCGCAGUUCCUUCAACCACUUUGACAAGACUAGAUCAGGACGGCUGACUCCUGAAGAGUUCAAAUCUUGUCUCGUCAGCUUAGGAUUUAACAUCAGGAAUGACAGACAGGGAGAAGCUGAGUUCCGCAGAAUUAUGAAUAUUGUUGACCCCAAUAAUACGAACAUAGUGCAGUUUGAAGUCUUCUUGGAUUUCAUGACGAAAGAAAGCUCGGAUACUGACACAGCGGAACAAAUUAUUGAAUCCUUCCGUAUCUUGGCUGGAGACAAGCCUUACAUCAUGCCUGAUGAACUACAGAGAGAGCUUCCACAGGAUCAAGCAGACUACUGUAUUCAGAGAAUGCCACCUUACAAAGGACCUGGAGCUGUGCCUGGAGCCUUGGAUUACAUGUCCUUCUCAACCUCACUUUACGGGGAAAGCGACCUGUAAUUCACUCUGCACCACCAUAGCUGGGCAGUCACAGUAGUAGCUUUUUUUGUUAUGGUUGAUGAACAACUGCCUUUUCCUUCCCCUUGGUGGCAGCUUGAAUUUCAUCGCUGGCAUUGAUGUGUUGUGAUUUUUUUUUUUCCUGUUUUUGUCUCUUGUUCUUUUUGUUCCUCAACAGCUGAGGAUUACUGUGCCAGACAACAAGUGUUAUAGGAAGUACACUCUCUCUAGUGUUGUAAGUAAAGUCUAAUUGCCUCAUAACAAGUUUAUGCAAUGGAUAAUUUUUGUUGCUUUUUAAUGUCUUUUUGCCCAUUUGGGAUAGGGGAUUCAGUUCAUAAUAACGUAGACAAAGCCGAAAAAAACGUGCAGACCCUUAUCACAUAAAACUGACAUUUUGAAUCAAAUGACUGGUUGGUUUAUAGUGUCAUUAUUUAUUUCAGUUCUGUAUACAGUAUGGCAGCUUUAAAAGGUUACGAAAAUAAAGACUUUCUCCCAGUUGA